AUGGUAGCAGAGGAGGUGGUGGUCACUCUCUCAGGAGGGGCUCCAUGGGGCUUCAGACUGCAAGGAGGAGCAGAGCACCAAACACCACUACAGGUGGCCAAGGUGCGACGGCGUAGUAAGGCGUGCAGGGCCGACCUGAGGGAGGAGGAUGAGUUGGUUGCCAUCGGCGACCAUGUGUGUGCAGAGCUCAACCACGCUCAGGCGAUGAUGCUCAUCGACUCCCAUCGACACACUCUCAACCUCAGGGUCAAGAGGUCUGGGUUCCACUCUGUGGUCCUGCCGGGUCGGAUACACACAGCCACACACACUGACGGGCCGGCCUGCUUCACCCUCACCUCCCCCCCUGACAGUGAGGCCUAUUAUGGAGAGACGGACAGCGAUGCGGACACACACACACACAUACACCGCCGCCAGCGACACACACCUCCGGAUGCGCGCUCUCCCGGUCGCCAGCAGGAGGAGGAGGAGACUUCGGAGAUAAGCGGGUAUGAGAGCGCUCCAGAUGGGGGGGGUUCCCUGCAGGGGACCUGGGAGCAACUACCCACACUGGGAAAUGGUGGGAUCCAACAGUGGGAGCAACCAACGGGAUCGGGAACAAGGGGGUUUCAACCUGGAGUACCACGCAGGGAGGUGGUCUACCAACCCCAACCCCCGCAGGCCCCGCCAGAGUGGACCCACCCAGCCCGGCCCGUCCUACACCAUGCGCAGGGGGAGCCAGUGGUGGGAGGAGAGGUGGAGGGAGAGGGAGACAGUGGGUUCCAGGAGGCAGGGGGGUGUGUGGUUCUGGCCUGCUCACCCCUGGUGUCUCCAGAGCGGGCUAAAGGAGCCAUGAUGCUGGGCUCCAGCUCACAGAUGGUUCCCAUGGUGGGCGCCCAGCUGACCCCACUCAGUGACGAACUGUCUGCUACGUACAAGGAAAAGGCCCGGCAAGCCAAGCUGCAGAGAGGAGAGAGUGUGGUAGACAGGCAGGUGAAAGAGGCUCGUACUAAAUGUCGUUCCAUCGCCUCCCUGCUCACCGACGCUCCAAACUCCAACUCCAAAGGAGUUCUCAUGUUCAAGAAGAGACGCCAGCGUGCCAAGAAGUACACCCUUACCUGUUUCGGCCGCGCGGAGGGGGAGGUGGGUGCUGAGACUGGGGGAGAGACGGAGGGAGAGGAGGAGGAAGGGAGUUCAUUCCCCUCGGGUUCAGAGGUGGAUGAAGAGGGCUUUGCUGGAACCUUUGACCCCACCUGGGACAGCGAAUACCUGGACAUGCUGGAUAGGAGGAGUUCUGCCUGCCCCUUCACCUAUAACUCAAGGCCCCAAACACCAACUAAUCAGAGCUCAGGGUAUGAUUCCUUGGCCUAUCAGAGCCCAGAGAUGAACAUGUCAUUCAAUCAGGGGUCUGGGAUGAAUGCCCCAGCCUAUCAGAGCCCCGGGCUGGACUACAUAGCCUAUCAGGGGAAAGAGACGGAGCAGUAUGAGCAGCAAAGGAAAUUGGCCACUCCUGUCACUUACAACUCUGCCACUAACACCUCCCUGACUGCAAGUUUGUCCAAUGGGGGCUCAGCAGGGAUGAGUCGGGCCAGUGUGGUUCUGACUUCCCCCUCUCACACCCCGAUCCCCCCCCAGCCUGACCUAAACACUAACCCUAACCCGCCUGGGGGAAUCCAUAACCGCACGGCACGUCCCUUCACCUCAGGCCUCGCCCCAUCUCGCCCCCCCGCCACCCCUGUCAUCUUCCGACCCGUCCAGCCCACUCCUGGCUUAACAAUGGUUUCCAAACCCACUGCUGCGGUAUCCAUGGUAACCAUCGCCCCCCCUCGCCCUUCAGGGGCGCCCGAGGCCAGGAGAGCGGUCUCCAGUACCUCCCUCUACAUCCCCCCUAGACCUACUACCCAACCCCCUCCUCCCUUGAUCUUCAACUCCUAUGUCUCUAUGACAAACCCUGCCAUGGUGACCCCCUCCACUGCCCAGACCCCUGCCUCUGAUUCAUUGUCGUCCCGUGAGCAGCGAAUCGCCGUCCCCGCCUCCAGAACAGGCAUUCUCGCGGAGGCGCGUCGUCGCAGCAACAAGAAGCCCAUGUUCCGUCCUUCUGUGGAGAACAAGAAGGACGUGUCUCCAAACCCAGCCCUGCUGGAGCUGCUCCAAAACCCGGACGCACCGACCAGGAUAGGCCCAGGCCCCAUGGGGCCUAGUGGAGGAGUUAGUGGGGAGGCUGGAGGUGAGUCAGGCCCUGAAGAGGACUGGUUGAAGCUGGGGGCUGAGGCCUGUAACUUCAUGCAGGCACAGAGAGGCUCCAAGCCCCCUCCUGUGGCCCCUAAACCCCAGCCUCCUCCACAGGUGCCCCAGCUAGCAGGGAAGGGGGGUCAGCUGUUCGCCCGUAGGCAGAGCAGGAUGGAUCGCUAUGUGGUGGAGACCCCCUCCUCACCCCAACCCGGUCCCGGCCACCCCCGCCAGCCCUCUCCCACACCCUCCCUCCCCUCUCAAUUCAAAUUCUCCUCCAGCUGCAGAGCCCCCCCUCCCAUCAGCUACAACCCCCUCCUCUCCCCCUCCUGCCCUCUCCAGGCCCAGCGCCAGAGGGCGGGGGUAGCAGGACAGGGUGGGGGUUCAGCGGGGCAUAAAGCCGCCCCUGGGGGUCAGAAGGCUCAAGGCAUCAAGGCUUUGGACUUCAUGAGUCGCCAGCCCUAUCAGCUAAACCCCUCCCUCUUCAGCUACGGGGGCGGGACUCCCCAGGGCCAAAACAAGAUGCCACGUACGUAUGAGGUCAAACGCUUCUCCACGCCACCUCCCACAGGCCCCGCCCCUACUGUCAUCAUCCCACGGUCAGCGACCACACUAGGAGAACCGAUGUGGAGGUCUGAUGUCAUUUCUCUUCCACCAACAGCCACUUCCUGCUACCAAUCACUCUCUACCCCCCCCUACCAGUCUCAGCCCCACCCUUUGGCCCACACCCCACCUCGCCCCGCCUCCACGCAGCCCUCCAGAGUGCCUCGCCCCAAAUUCAGCACCUCUAACCUGGGUCUGCAACCUAGCGUCUGGCGCCCUGGAUCCACCAUGAGCUAA